AUGAAAACUAUAGAACAAAAUAAUCCGACAAAUCAGCAAACAAAAAGAUCCUUAGCACAAAAAUAUUUUCUUUGGCUUGACCCAUGUGAAAUAUGGUGUUUAAUGCGUAAAAAAACUCGGUUUAAUUCAACAUUUUAUGAUUGUAUUCAAUUAGCAUUAGAAAAUUCAUCAGAUACAAUUUGUGGCUUAUAUGCAUAUGACGGAGAUUGCUAUGAAGUAUUUCGUAACAUUUUUUGGCCCGUAAUUAUGGAUUAUCACAAAGUUGAUAUACGAAAUUUGACAUUUAAACAUGAUUUUGGUGAUGUUCAACAUAUUCAAGAUUUAUCGUCAGAUAUUAACAAACAAAUUUUAUCAAUACGUAUUCGUAUUAAUCGUUCUAUUCAAGGUUAUCCUAUGAUACCUAAAUUGAACUUGAAUCAAUUAUUAGAAAUUGAAGAACGUAUUCGAAAUGCAUUCGAAUAUUUAGAUCAAGAUUUACAAGGUGAAUAUCGUUCACUGAAAGAUAUUAGCGAUAUGGAUCAAAUUGAUCUGCGAGAAAAAUCUAUUCUAUUUCAAAAACCGGCAUAUCAACAUGCAGUCAAUGCCGUAGCAUAUGAUCAAUGGCCAACUGGCCGUGGAAUUUUUAUAAAUAAAAAUCAGAAUUUUAUAAUUUGGAUCAAUGAAGAAGAUAACUUAAGUUUUAUUUCUCAAUCAAAUGAUGGUAAAAUGAAUGAGAUCUAUGAACGAAUGAUACGUGCUAUAGAAAAACUAAACCAAACAUUCGAAUUUCAGCAACAUCAACGUUUAGGUUAUUUAAAUUUAUCACCGAUGAAUAUUGGCACAGCGUUACAAGUUAAUAUUCAUAUCAAAUUAUUACAUUUGGAAAAAUUUAAUCCAUUGAUUGAAUUUUGUAAAAAAUUAGAUAUUCACAUUGAAAAUACAAAUGAAUAUAAUAUUUUUAAUCUAUCAAAUGUAAUACGAUUAGGACGAACUGAAUUUCAUAUUAUUCGUCUCAUGUGGGAUGGUAUUGAACAAAUAAUUAAACAGGAUAUUCAUCAAUCAUAA